UAUUAUUCACCACCACCACAAUCCCUACAGCUGAACAGCGGGAACUUCCCUUAACACUAGUGGCCGUCCAUGAUGCAACUGGCUUGCCUUUGCUCAGCUGGCAUGCUUCCUCCUACCUGAUUUCUAAAUAAGAUAAACAUAUAUCACCAGGGUCUUCAACUUUAGCUUUGCCACCUACAGUUGCUACUACGGACUUACUACUAUUACUACAUAGUACUAGUACUAAGUCAGUAGUGCUCAGUACAACUAACUACCACCCACCAUCUACCAUCUUUUAUCUACCAUCCUUGACCCAUUUUCUGUUUCACACGAUUCCCCCUUCAGUCAGACAACAUGGCUGAGUUCUUGCGAUCCCAGAUUUUGGGGACUACAUUCGAAACCACCAACAGAUAUUCCGACUUGCAGCCUGUUGGACUUGGUGCCUUCGGGCUUGUUUGCUCGGCUUAUGACAUGAUUACGCGCCAGCCUGUAGCUAUCAAGAAGAUGAUGAAGCCGUUCUCCAACGCCACCCUCGCCAAACGGACCUACCGCGAAGUCAAGCUAUUGAAACACCUGCGUCAUGAAAAUCUCAUUGGCCUAAGCGACAUUUUCAUCUCGCCACUAGAGGACGUUUAUCUGGUGACGGACCUUUUGGGAACUGACCUCAACCGCCUCCUUACCUCGAAGCCUCUGGACGGCAAAUUUGUUCAAUAUUUCACCUAUCAGCUUUUGCGAGGCCUCAAAUACAUCCACUCCGCAGGCGUGAUACACCGUGAUCUCAAGCCGAGUAACAUACUGAUCAACGAGAACUGUGACUUGAAGAUCUGUGAUUUCGGUCUUGCGCGACUGCAGGAGCCUCAGAUGACCGGAUAUGUCUCAACUAGAUAUUACAGGGCACCAGAAAUUAUGCUUACAUGGCAAAAAUACGGAAUGCAAGUGGACAUCUGGAGUGCUGGCUGCAUUGUCGCAGAGAUGCUUCGCGGAAAGCCAUUGUUCCCAGGAAAGGAUCAUAUCCACCAAUUCUAUCUGAUUACGGAUGCUCUGGGGAACCCGCCUGAUGAGGUCAUUGAGAGAAUCUGUACAAAAGCCGCCCUUAAUAUUGUGAAGUCGCUGCCGAAGCGCCAGCCAGCCCCCUGGGCGACUUUGUUUCCAGACUCUGAUGAAGACGCUAUUGACCUCCUUGCAAAGAUGCUCAUAUUUGAUCCCGACAAGCGGAUCUCUGCUGCGAAAGCUUUGGAACAUCCCUACUUGGGCGUAUAUCACGAUCCCACUGAUGAGCCGGUUGCUGAGCAAAAGUUCGAUUGGUCUUUCAGUGAAGUAGCCCAUUCAAUCGAUGAAUGGAAAAUCAUGAUAUACACUGAAGUUGUAGACUUCCAUGAUCUUGGGCCUACCGGAGAACCAGCAAUCACGGAGCCUUUCUUGCCUCCCGACCCGAGCCUCAGCCCCGAGGUCCUUGACCCGCUUGGCCAGAUACAAACCCAAAGCAUGGUCACCAAAUCCGCGGACACUCUAGACCAGGAUAUUUUGCAGUACCUCCAGAUUUAGACUGCGCCAGUUUAAAGCUCACAAAGGAAGCGGGAACCGCAAGCUCGGUGAACUAGUUCCGUUUGUCAUCACGAGGGUUGCUGGCACUGACAUCAUGAUGCGUCUAUUUUGUAAACCCUUUCGUCAGAUGAGGCUUUGAAGAUCGGUCAUUCGGCAAUGGGGAAAGUUCUAAUGCGUCCCUUGCCUAAAGCCUACCACAGGCACCACUAAACAGCGCAAGUUAGUGACCCAAUCUUCUCCAUUGGCCAUAACCCUUUCCCUACCAACGUCUUUCUUUGAUCCUCCCCGCCUUCGCACCGACUUCGAGACCCGAGUCUAGUCACUUACGCUGAAGGCCAGACAUAACACUUUCAUCCCACCCAACCAUUAGUGCCCACAAAACAACACCACACUAUCAGAGAAUAACCCUUUAUCGAAGCCGGACCAAACACAAUGAAAAUACUACUUCCCGCUUUGGCAACCUUAUUCCAUGUUCACGC